AUGAGCUCGCCACCGCCUAUGCAGCUGGAGGUGGAAGUGGGAGACGAAUCUAUGGAAGAGGAUGGGGCAGAAAUGAUCACGCCGGACAUGUGGUUUCCGGUUCCUGCUAAAGCUGAUGCUUUGGUGAAGCUAUGGCAGACCAAGAUGGCGGAGGGGGUGCUCUCCCCGGCUCACUUCCAAGAUCAUUGGCGCGUUACUGUGCCCAGGAUAUAUUCACCACAACCUAAUAGGACUUGUCUAGAUUGGUCGUUCGACGAGGAGAUGGCGAAUAAGCUGCUCAUUCAGCCUCUUGAGCAGUUUGUUUGGGGCUCCGCUGAGAGCUCGGAACCACCUCCCAAAAGGCGCUCCACACUAUGCGGCAGAGUUUUCAAGCAAGGGGAACCGGCUUACAGCUGUAGAGAAUGUGGUAUGGACAACACGUGCGUCCUAUGCGUGGAGUGCUUCAAGGUGUCUCCUCACCGACAUCACAGAUAUAAAAUGGGUCAGUCGGGAGGCGGGGGAUGCUGCGACUGUGGAGAUACGGAGGCCUGGAAGAGGGAUCCCUGCUGUGACUUACACUCGGCUAAAGAUAACGAAGAACAGGCUCAAGCCAGUAUUAGCCCGGAAGUGUUGGAGCGUAUGAAGAUUGUAGCGUCUGUGUGUUUACCGUACUGUUUCCGUCUCCUCACCUUCGACCACGCUCCUGGACUGCCCAACGAUCUGAUACUCAAGGAUACCGAGAGAGACUUACUUCAGAUCUUAGAUCAGCCUGAUUGUUACUGCACCGUGCUAUACAACGAUGAGACUCAUACCUUUGAACAGGUGAUAACGACUCUGAUGCGUGUGAUGAAGUGCACCCACCGUGACUCAGUCGAGCUGGUGAGCCUCAUAGACCGCGAAGGCCGCGCGCUGGUUAAAUGCAGCUCCUUCCAGAUAGCUGACAAACUGAAGAAUGACUUCGAGAUUUUUACAUCUCGUCAUGGCCCAGCUCUCAAAGUGUUGGUGAUGCAGGCACACGUUAUCGCUCACCAAACAUUCGCUAUGAAAUUAUUGAAUUGGCUUCAGAACUUCGUAAGCCAAGAACAAAGUCUUCGCCUAGCGGUUUGUCAAGUAGCAUUAGGUGAAGAGACCGGUUUAUCCGGCUGGGGUCUGGCUGGUACAUCAGGAGGAGUGGCCGUUGGUGUGAUGCAGAAUGACUGCAAGAUGUGGAAAGCUGCUAGAACAGCGUGGCAUAGACUACUCAUAGCGACUACAUUAAUGGACUACUCCACCAAACGAACUAUGGCUAUACUGUUUACUAAGAAUUAUGCUACUAUAAUGAAGGACUACAUCCGUGACGAUCACGACCAUUCGUUCUCCAUAUCUUCAUUGUCCGUGCAACUCUACACAACACCGACCUUGGCUCAUCACCUCAUAGCCAAACAUGAUGCGCUCUUCGUAGUCAUGAAUACAUUCGUCAGUGAAUGUACCAGGAAAUGUAACGCUGAGGGUCGCCUCGAGUUUGAUCGUAACCACGUCCCGAUGGGUUUUAAACGUGCCCAGUUCAUUCUGUACGACGUGAAAUACCUCCUAGGGUCUAUACCGACGAGUUUCGAUGACGACCUCCGCAAAGGGUUCCUGCACGGACUGUCGCUCAUGAUGAACCUGCUGGUCAUGAUGCAGGGUAUGGACUCGGUAGUGAGGCAGAUUGGACAACACAUGGAGUAUGAACCAGAAUGGGAAUCAGCUUUCAAUCUGCACGUGAAGCUUGCUAAUAGUAUAACGCUGGCGUUAGAAUGGUGCAGCGUAGAACGGUCACUGGCUGCAUCAGCAUACCGAAUGGGUCUUAGAAGGCAUGCUGAUAAUUUUGCUGCCGGGGACAAGUAUGAACUGAGAGAGUUAGGUAAUCAAAGUGCCUCAGUGAUUCCAUACGACGUUUCCAAAGAACCUGUGUCGGUUCAUCGACCUCUGUCCCGUUUCAUAGCGGGCCUACAUCUACAUCUUCAUAGACACGGCCUGUCGUACCACAGCAAGGAGUUCGAUAGACAUGAUAAACCUAAACCCAAGCCAGAAGAACUCAUUGAACCAGUGCUCCGUACUAUGGCCAUGAUAGCUCAAGUCCACGCUGGUAUGUGGCGUCGUAAUGGGUUCGCUCUGCUCAACCAACUUUAUUUCUACCACAACGUCAAGUGUCGCACCGAAAUGUAUGAUAGAGACGUCAUCAUGCUACAGAUCGGUGCUUCAUUGAUCGAGAGCAAUGAGUUCAUAAUACAUGUUUUGAACAAGUUUAAUUUGUUAGACUGGGCAGCUAACGACUUUGAACAGCGGACCAUUGAAGAUGACACCCUCAGGCAUACUAUAAGCAUGGUUGAGGAGUUCCUUGGAUUACUUAUUACUGUGGUUGGUUCCCGCUACGUGCCGGGAGUAGGCGAGGUGACGGCGGCACAAAGAACUAAGAAGGAAAUUAUACAGAUGUUAUGUGUUAAACCCAUGCCGCACUCAGAACUGAAUAGAUCUCUUCCCGAGAACCAGUUGCACGAGACGGGACUCGAAGCCGUGAUCAACGAGGUGGCUGACUUCGUGAAGCCGAGUGGCACUCACAACCGGGGACUGUACAAGCUGAAGCCGCACCUGUACGAUGAAUACGACACGUUCUUCUACCACUACACCCGGGAGGAGCUGUCGCGCAGCGAGGAGGAGCAGAGGAACAGGAGGAAAGCCGCAGGUCUUCCAGAGUGUUGUCCCCCUCCCCCCCUGCCGCUGCUGUCUCCUCCUUUCCGUCUGCUGGCGAAUCUGCUGCAGUGUGACGCAGCACUACACGUUCUACGUGUGGUUUUGACCCGCGCACUCGACCUUAGGGCCAGGUCUUUCUCCGAGCCGCAAGUACACAAGGCUCUGCAUCUGAUAGGCUACGCUCUGCGUGAUGAGGAGAGUUGUCACUACGAGUUCUUGGCGUUCGCUGAGAGUGCUGCUCGUAGUGGACUGAUGGCGCUGCUGCAGAGACUUGCUGCUAGUCCUAGAGUAGAUGCUCACCGACCACUCGCUAAGUGGCUGCUUAAUAAAAUGAAGUCUCUGUUGGGUCAGACCGAUGACAACAUGGGUGGUGAUGAAUGUAUGGAGACUGAUCAGGAAGAGAAGCCUCGCUCUGAUGAAACAGCUGACGCAGAGAAAGCUCGCCGCGCCAAGCUAGCGGCGGAACGAAGAGCUAAAGUUAUGGCCCAGAUGAAGGCUCAAAUGAAUAACUUCAUAUCAAACAACGCGACCCUGUUCAAAGAGACCACUACUGAGGCGACAGAGGAGGAGGAGAAGCAAGAUCUGCUGCCUUUAUACCGGGGAGCGGCGCUGGGAGUGUGGGGAGGGGGGGUAGUAGAGCCGGUUAGGGUGUGCAUCAUGUGUCAGGAACAGGCUCGCGUUGAAGCCAAAGCCGAGCCGCUAGUACUAGUUGCCUUCGCUCAACACUCUAGCGUGUUGAAUCGCCGCGGUGUGGGCGCUGGGUCGGGCGGCCCUGGCGGCGCUGGGGCUGCGGGGGACGCGUGGCGGAGCGCCUGGCCGCAGGCCGGACUGGGGGCGCAGCCCCACGUGUCGUGCUGUGGACACGCCCUCCAUGCGAAGUGCUGGAGGAAGUAUGUCGAUGGAGUGCUUGACAAGGAGAAGCUUAGACCUUACCGCAUCCGUCAGCCGGCUGCUUUCGACGUGGAAAAAAAGGAGUACCUGUGCCCCCUGUGCGAGCGUCUGUGUAACACGGCGGUGCCUCUGCUGCCCUCCCCGCCCCUCCCGCCGCGGCCGCCGCCCUCCCUAACUGAAAACACUUUCACGGACGCAGCCGAGCUGAUAUUGAAGCUCAAACAUCAGGUUGAUAUAGAACAUGUAACGGAUACCUGCUUUGAGUUCGUGCGACAGGUUUGCUCAGAAUCAGUACGUCAGUGCACAGAAUAUACUCAAGAGGCGCCGUGUGCGGGGUCCCCUCAAGCUGAGGGGGCGGAGUCCGAAGGGGAGGAGUCUCCGGAUGAGGCGGAAGUGUAUGUGUCAACACAUGCAGAGACUCUAUUACCAAAGGAGUUCUUGGAACACUUCCAUGAGAAGCCGAGGAAAUAUAAUGAUACCACAGCCGUGCUUAUUGCUGAGUUUGCUGAGAUGUUACCGGGAAUCUGUGGUUUAUCAGAAUCUGGAGGUAUGGUCCGUGUGGCUGCUUUAUACCGAGCGACUUCCUACACCAUCUUGAGCACUAAUGUUGUUCUACACGCUGAGAACAGACCACUGUUAGGAGAUCUGCCUUCAAGACACAGAGACGCCUUACAAGCACUCAUCAGACUAGCGGCCGUCCUACCUCCUAUAUGGCCGACGCCUAAACAUAUUUCACACCACGCUCUCAGCUGUCUCAACACUUUAAUAAAAACCUCUCCGCUAUCACACGACGUUUUCGGAACAUUAGUGGCCCUAGUGCUAUCUGUUCCAUGUUUGUUUUCCAAAAAAGCCGCCCCAGCCAGACCAACACAUUUGACUCGACAAAUAACAUUGGAGGCUUUCAGGGCCACUAUAACUAGAGCCCUUAUAGCUUUAGACGUUACGAAUUGCACCAGCGAACCGAUGGAGGACACCGAACAAGCUAUUAAACCGGACUUGGAAAAUCUACUACCAUUUAUGAAAGAGCUCCGGCAAGGGAAUUUAGAUAUAGAGAACUUAAGAGCUUCUGAAGUAUGGGAAUGUAUUAAGAAACAGUGUCACGGUUUCCUUCGAUGCUGCUGUCUGUUCUAUCACUUCUUAAGCGACAUCCAACCACCCAACGAACUAACUUUAGUAGGCGGCGAUACCUGGGAUAUUAUGUGCGGGUACUUAGACCUUCCCUAUACAUUCAGAGAUCUCAUCGACAAUCCGCUCGCCAGGAACAAAGCAAUAAUGUGGUCUCAACUAUCAACGGAAUGGUUCAAAGGAGAGCUUUCUCCGCAAAUAGUGCUUGAACCGAGUGAACCUCCCAGUUUAAUAACACUACCGAUGGACUUCUCGGAACUAAUGAAUGUAGUGUCCGAGUUCUCGUGCCCUAAUUCUGAGCGUGAAGAUACUAAAAACCCAACCAUGUGCCUUGUGUGUGGACAGAUACUGUGUUCGCAGAGCUACUGCUGUCAGAUUGAAAUAAGAAAGAUCGGUCGAGGUGGUGGUUCGGAGCUAGCGGGCGCGGUGGUGGCGCACGCUCUGUGGUGCGGCGCGGGCGCGGGCGUGUUCCUGAGGGUGCGCGAGUGUGAACUGUUACUGCUAGCGGCGCCCUCUAGAGGAGCGAUGUUACCCGCGCCAUAUCUGGAUACGUAUGGAGAGACUGAUCAGGGCCUCCGCCGCGGUAAUCCCCUCCAGUUGUGCAACGAGCGUUAUCAAGCGUUACGUAUGGUGUGGCUCUCACACGGAAUACACGAACGGAUCGCGCGCGGCCUGGACUCGAACAUGUUAGUCACUACCACCUGGCAGAACAUGCGUUGA